AAUAAACGUAAAUAAAAUAAAUUAAAGAACGUUUAACUUGUUUAUAGAACAAUUUCCUAAAAAUAUAAAUGUAAAGUAUUUAAUCUUUUAAGCAUAUUUGAUAACGUUGUCUCAAAAAUGUCCCCCAGCUAAUUGAUAAAUGUGUCAGCUUCGAAGGCGUAAAGAUAAUUGUAUAUACUUUUAAAAUUAAUAGAAUUGAACAAUUAAGAUUAAGUAAUUAUGCCUUUAACCGACGAAAUCCAUUGUUUAUUAAAAGAGAUCAGAGAAAGCUGUUGUAAUGAGUAACAAAAUAUUACGUGUCAAAUUAAGUCCAGUCUGCUAUAUAAAGUCGUGCAAAACUAUUUGGUUCACUAGACUGUGAACCAGAAUAAAAUGUAGUUAGCAGACUGGAUUGUCUUUUAAAGGUUAGUAAAAAUGUUAAAUUUGUUUAAUAGUUUAUCUUAUAAAUAUUAGCAGAAACGAGUUUAAAGAAUUAAAAGAUGUUUUCCAGUAAAGUAAUUUUAAUCACAUUCACAAGUAAGAUCGUGGUACAGUUUAAAUAAAUAAGAGGCAAAGUUUGAUAUAAAAUUUAGGUAAAUGAUUUGUAUAAAAUAUUCUUAACAUAUAAAAAAAGUAAUUAACUUAUUCGUAUAGAUAACUUUUGAAAAUACAAUUCUUAAUUUGAUAUUUGAUUGAAUAUUAAAAGUAAACGAAAUAAGGGGAGAUAACAGAUUACACGACUGAUCAUUUAUGGCGCGUAUACUAUUGUCGGGUUUUGGUAUUAUUGUUCGAUUGAUAUCGCGAAAUAUUUGAUGUAUAACUAUGAUGGAAAAGUUAUGUAAUCUUUAUUGUAACUAUUGUAAAUAUAUGACUAGACUGUGAACCAGAAUAAAAUGUAGUUAGCAGACUGGAUUGUCUUUUAAAGAAUGAAACAAAGUUUGUUAACGUGAUAGAAGAAUUAAAACAAUAGAAAUAUGAAGAACUCGGAUGUGGAUCAUGGUUAUGCUUGGAUAGUACUGUUUUUUUGUAGUGUCAACUAUUUCAUCAUUGCUGGGGGUGUUAAGUCUUUUGGAGUAUUGUAUACUGAGCUACUGGACCGGUACGAUGAUGGGGCGGGAAACACAGCAUGGAUAUCAAGUGUUAAUUCAUUCCUAAUGAUGGGUCUUGGGCCUAUUUCUAAUUAUCUUGGGGAAAUAUAUUCAUAUCGUUUUAUAAUGGUUAUUGGAAGUAUCGUAAAUCUAAUUGGAUACACAGCGAGUGCUUUCGUUACAAGAAUGGAGUAUCUUUAUAUAACGUAUGGGAUCAUUUCAGGAACUGGAUAUGGACUCAUGUUUGCUCCUUCGACAACUAUUGUAAGCUUUUACUUUGAAAAAAGGAGGAGUUUAGCUAAUGGAAUUGUUGUAUCUGUUAGUGGGAUAGGAGCGUUUGCAUUUCCAUAUCUUAUAAGACUGUUAGUUGACACAUAUGGUCUCAAUGGAACAUUUCUAAUUAUGGGAGGAAUUUAUUUUCACACCUGUGCUGCUUCUCUGUUUCUUAUACAACCAGCACAUUUUCCUUACCAGAAGAAGAAAUCUGCAGAAAACCACGCUAUAAUAAAACGCAAACCAGAUAUUAAUGUUUGUAGUUCUUUUCAUAAAAUACUUAUGAGAAUGUUUAAGCCAUCACUUUUUCGAAAUCCGAAAUUUACCAUUUAUCUAAUGGCAAUGUUUCUACAAGUAGCUAAUUUUGCAUCUAAUGAAUUAAUUUUACCUGGACAAACUAGAGCAUUGGGAUUUGGUAAAGAGAGUAUAACUGUAGCUGUCUCAUUAGUACGUGCAUCUGAAAUAUUUGCGCGAGCAUUCCUAGGAUGGUUUGCCGACUUAAAUAUUGUUAAACGAGUCCACCUUUUCAUGAUGUGUUCUUUUGUGAGUGGUCUGACACCUUUCUUUAUGCCGUUCUUGCCGUAUCUACCAGCGAUAUACACAUAUGCAGUUAUUGUGGGAUCAUUUUCAGGAUCAUUUUGGAGCUUAAUGGGUGUGCUUAUUAUUGACUGUAUUGGUAUAAAGAAUUAUUCUCCAGCUUUUGGAUUGAUGUCAUUAAUAAAUGCUACAGCUUUUUGUAUAAGCCAACCGUUUUCCGGUUGGUUAGAUGAUACAACUGGUUCCUGGUCCGCAUCCUACUACUUUACUGGUGUCCUCAGUAUUUUGUCGUUUUUAUCCUGUCUCAUGGUGCCCUUGGUAGAACGUAUUUGGUGUUUUAACCUUAAAGAACAUGACAACAAUCUAGAAAGUCAUGAAGUUAAAAUAGAAGAAAGUGUCUGCUUGUAUAAAGAAAACCAUAGCAUUCAUGAUCUGACUAAUAACCCAGUUAGUUAGGACCGAUGAAAAGUAAAUACAUUUA